AUGGAUGUGGAAACAGCAACAAGGGCAGUGUUUAUGCUUCAGGAGGGAGAAUCUCAGAGAUCAGUGGCAAGACGUCUUGGUGUGUCGCGACGAGCUAUUUGUAACGCGUGGGAACGCUUCCUAGCGACAGAUAGUGUCGCGAGGAGAUCUGGAUCAGGAAGAGCGCGAGCUACAACCGUCCAGGAAGACCAGUAUAUCAGAUUGUCUGCACGUCGAGAGCGUACGAUUCCCGCCCGUGUCUUACAAAAUCGACUGCGGCAAUCUUCUGGCAUACGAAUUAGUGAUCAAACCAUUCGAAAUCGGCUCCAUGAAGACGGACAACGUUCCAGAUCUCGUGUUAUUCGUCUAAAAUUGACAAGACCGCAUCAUGCAGCACGUUUCAGGUUUGCUCGCGAGCAUGCGGAGUGGACAAUGGACAACUGGAGAAAUGUACUCUUUACGGACGAAAGUAAAGUGAAGUUUUUCAGCGAUUGUCGUCGAGUGCGCAUGUGGCGAAGAGAAGGAGAACGUUUUUCAGAACCUUGCAUACAUGAAACGGAUCGUUGUAAAACUGAGCUGGUAAUUCUGAAGAAGGCUCAAUAA